UGACCUGUCGUUCAAGAAGGGCGAGACGAUACUCCUGCAGAAGAAGUUGGACACGUUCUGGUCAGGGGAGUGCUCCGGCAGGACCGGCAUGUUCCCCAUCACUUUUGUGCAGGUUGUAGUCCCGUUGCCGAUUCCGACAGCUCUUUGCAAGGCGAUGUACGACUUUAGGAUGACGGCGCCCGACGAGGAAGGCUGCUUGGUUUUCGACAAAGGUGCAAUCAUCACGGUGCACCGGCGCGUGGACGAGAACUGGGCGGAGGGGCGACUCGACCAGCGCGUGGGCAUCUUCCCCAUCGCCUUCGUCGAGUUCAACCAGCCCGCCAACCAGAUCAUAUACGGACGCCACCCUAACUUCCACGCGCACAGAUACCCGCAAAUAUCGAUGUCGACGCCGGCCGGGGGUCAGAAUAAGUACCAGAACGUGGCGACGAUGAGCCAGUCGCACCCGACCUUCCACGGCACGCAACUCCUGGCGCCGCAGCAGGUCCUCGCGCCGCAGCAGGUCCUGGCGCCGCAGCAAGUCCUCGCGCAUGCGCCGCGCGCCAUCCUCGAGCCCGCACACACCAAGCACUCGCUCGACCUCAUCCACUUCAAUACGCACAGCAAGCAGGGCGGCGUGCUGCAGAGCGUCUCGCGCAUCGGCGACAACUACGACCGCCUCCGCGCCGGCAAGUACGACAACACGCCCGCGCACAAGCUCGACACCACUUACCAGAACGUGCGCACCCACGAACACUUCCCUGUCUCCAACUUCAGCGCGAACAACCUCAGCUCCGACUCCAGCUCCAGCAUGAAUACGCCGUCGGUCGGCGUCAGCUCCUCUACGCCCAACACCAGCUCCAACUCGAGCUCGUGCGAGAGCAAUGACCCCAGCACGCCCAGCUCCCCCGACAACAACACCGAGCGGAACGCGACCGUCGUCGCCGCCGCCAACGACGCCAACGACGCCGAGGAACCCGAGCCGAGGGACGAGCAGGAGCCGCUCAACACCUCCAUGGGAGUGAUGAGCUUGAACGAGAGCUCCACCGCGACCAACACCUCACUCAACGUCAGUCUGCCGCCGUCUGAGAGUCCCAAGCUCACCGCGGGCACGAGUACGCAGACGCAGGAGAGUCAGGAGAGCGAGGUGCGGCUCGACGCGCCAUCGUCGAGUAAGACCGUGCUGCGGUCCAGUGGGCCAGAGUCGCUGCUGUUCGGGCUGGGGCUGCAGGCCGCGCUGUCGCCCUCCAACGGCAAGGAGGGGAACUACAUGGUGGCGCGGGCCCAUCGGGACCAUCACCACAGAGAGAAGAGACACAGUUUGACGCCCUCCUCGCAUCUGCAGGGAAAUCAUACGCCGAACCGUCACUCUGCGGAGAUCGUGGCGACGUCGCUGUUGGACGCGGCGGAGCGCCGGCGGCGUCGGUCUCGCAGCUCGGACCGCCCUCCUGCCCGCCCCUACCUCGCACUCUACCCCUAUCGACCGCAGAAACCGGACGAACUCGAACUUAAAAAGGAGUAAAUUAUAAUAUAUCGAUCAGGUAUCUACACGGUGACGGAGAGGUGUCGUGACGGAUGGUUCAAGGGUUGUUCGGAGCGGUCCCAGCGGUUCGGCGUGUUCCCCGGGAACUACGUCGCUCCCGCAGGGAACAUCCGGGCUAAGGCUGAUAAGGCGCCGCCGCGCGCGCGCACGCCGCCCGCUAAUGCCCAACCUCUAACGUAUCCAUGGAGUUCGCAAAGUCAACAGCCACAAAGCAUAACUAGAUCUGAUAAGCAACCAAAAGAGCUGAAACUGAAAACCGACCGCUUGACAAUAUCGACUGGCGUUAGUCUGAUGAAGCGGUUGGCCGCCAUGAAGAAGUGCAAGUCGCCGCCCGCCGUCGGCUACAGCAUCGACAACCCCGUGUUCGAGGACGCCGCCUCACUGCCACACGACAGGCGACACCCCGUACAUGUCAGGUCGGGCUCGUGUCCGUCGCAACUGCUGCGGGCGCUGCCUGCGGGGGGCGGGGGGCGCGGGGGGCACGGGGCCGAACGCUCGCGGCACAAGGAGCGGCCCGCCGCACUCGCCGUGCACGAUCACCACUCGCACAGGCAAGGCACGGAGGGUCCGUGGCAGUCGCAGCAUCGAAAAUCUCAGUCGCUCGACGUCACCGCGAGCCGGAAGGACAGGCAUCAUUCCCAACCUGUUAAAGAGAGAUUCCGCUGCAUAGUCCCCUACCCGCCGAACUCCGAGUACGAGUUGGAGCUGAAGGUGGACGACAUCGUGUUGGUGUCGAAGAAGCGCGGCGACGGGUGGUACAAGGGCACGCUGCAGCGCACCGGACGCACCGGACUGUUUCCGGCCUCCUUCGUGCAGAGCUGUCCGCAGGAAUGACACCGGCCCACGCACAGUAGGUUCGGGACUUUAUUUUAGAUAUACGGCCGGUUAAAUAAACGCCUAUAGAAUGCCGCAUUUUUUUUUAAUAGAAAAGAUGUCAAAAGGGACAGUUCAAGUCUUACGUAACGGAAUUUUUGAAGAUUUUUGAACUCCCCACCCCCUAUGUAACGCGCCAUAACGUUCUCCUGUACGCCCCUGCCCCCCUCCAAAAGUUACGUAACUCUAAAGUGUCAAUUUUUUUUGGAAUAUUCACAAUUAUUUUACGCAAAAUACCGAAAAAUCGCUAAAAUACUUUUGUUAUUGUUUUACAAUAAAAAAAAACAAUGUUACAUAAUGCUUUGUACGAGACGCUCUUCCCGCCCCUGUAACGCAUCGUAACGUUUCACAAGAAAAAAUUGCGUUACGUAAUACUUGAACGUCUCCAAAGGCUGAUCAAUAGUCGAUUAUUUAACCGACCGUGCGGUUACCUCACUAAUACAAUUUUGUACACAUCUAUUAUAUUUAUAUUAUGUCUUACUAUUCUCCGUCUGGCGUUAAACAUCCCUAAAAAUAGCAAGAAAUACAUAUGUGUAGAUAUGAAAGAUGUUUGCAACAUUUGUGAGUAAGGCGGUUAGUGUUUUAUAAACGGUUCCAGUUUGUUUACAGUCUAAAUUUGUUAUAUGUAUGUGGACAAAGUAAAGUUUAUGAUGUCACAAAUAUGUAAGAAAUGGGUUUGAAAAAAUGACAGUUAAAAUCUUUUGAGUUCUGUCAUUUGAGACAAAUUGUUAUUAAAUUAGAAUGUGUGUUAUUUAUACGAGCCAGAGACGGCCGAACUAACUUGUCCACAUCAUUAUAACCGAUUUUGCCUGAUUAUAAGGGGGUUAAGCUUUUACAAAGUUAAUUUCAAGUUUUGAUGUCGAAAUAAACGGUGUCUUUGAGUGUAUCGCACGAGCAAUGAAUGUGUAACUCAGUACAAAAUACUAAAAAAUUGCGCGAAACAGCGC